GCAUUAAUUUGCAUGAAAAGGAUUUCUGUUAUCCAUUCUCACUCUUUCAUGAACACACAUACAAGCAAAUCAGUAGGAGAGGGAGAGAAAAGGGAAGUGAGAAGUUAAAUUUAGAUGAAAGAUUGUGCGUAUUUCAUUGUGAAAUCUGAACAAAUUUAGAUUAAUUUUGCUUUCAAAGAGUUGAUGUUGUAGUCGCCGGAGCAAUGGCAGUCGGUGCGGUUCUUCCGAGCCGUAAUUUCGGUUAUUUUCUUGGUUCAGGAAAAGUAUUUCAAACAGAGCAGGCUGGUACACGUCAAAGGGGAGAGCAUCAAGGUGUUUGUGGUGCGAGAUAUGCACGGGGAAACAUUUUCAACAAAAAAUCACCUAUUCUAAGGAAAUGCUGUUCCUACAUGUCUAGAAACUUGUAUAGUCCAAUGAUUCAUCUUAUUGGUCCUUCAGACAUGAAAACUGGAAAACGAAUGACAGGAACCCUUGGUGAAGUAGAGCAUCUUCAUUCAUACCCACCAUUUGCUGAAAAUCUUCAUGCAUUAAAUCUUAAGCAAAGAAUUCAAAUAAGAUGCAAGUGUUUUAUUUCUUCAUAUCCCCCUGAUGGCAGUUCAGUUCAGCCCAGAAAGCUGCAUAAAUUUGGUUUAUAUAAUGGGCACGUCCAACACUCUGAGUUUCAUAUAGCAUCUAGGACACGUGCUGAAUAUAAAUCAGAAGAGUAUGACAUAGCAGGGGCGAAACUGGACUCACUGAGCUCUUCAGAAGUGCCGAAUGAAGCUGCUUUAGUGGAAGGGAGUGUGCAAAAUUUUUCUUGGCGGGAGAAAUUUCCAAAGCGUUGGGUGAUCGUACUACUUUGUUUUUCUGCAUUUCUGCUCUGCAACAUGGAUCGUGUCAACAUGAGCAUUGCCAUACUUCCAAUGUCACAGGAGUUCAACUGGAAUUCUGCAACUGUUGGUCUAAUUCAGUCUUCUUUUUUCUGGGGUUACCUACUGACUCAGAUUGUUGGAGGUAUAUGGGCGGAUAAGGUUGGCGGAAAGCUUGUACUAGGUUUCGGGGUGGUUUGGUGGUCUAUUGCAACAAUUCUAACACCUAUAGCUGCAAAACUUGGGCUUCCCUUCUUGCUUAUCAUGCGUGCCUUUAUGGGGAUUGGUGAGGGUGUUGCUAUGCCAGCUAUGAAUAAUAUACUCUCAAAGUGGGUCCCUGUAUCUGAAAGAAGCAGAUCUCUUGCAUUUGUAUACAGUGGCAUGUACCUUGGUUCUGUGACAGGCCUGGCCUUUUCUCCUUUUUUAAUCCAAAAUUUUGGUUGGCCUUCUGUAUUUUACUCUUUUGGUUCCCUUGGAAGUAUCUGGUUCGCACUAUGGCUGAAUAAGGCACACAGCUCUCCAAAAGAAGACCCAGAGCUUUCUGCUGAUGAAAAGCUUACCUUGGGUGGUAGUGCUUUGAAGGAUCCUGUUUCUGUCAUUCCAUGGAAACUAAUUUUGUCAAAACGACCUGUUUGGGCUCUUAUAAUCUCCCAUUUUUGUCAUAAUUGGGGAACUUUUAUUCUUCUUACAUGGAUGCCAACAUACUAUAAUCAGGUGUUGAAGUUCAACCUCACUGAAUCUGGAUUAUUGUGUGUCUUACCGUGGUUAACCAUGGCUGUGUUUGCAAAUAUAGGAGGGUGGAUUGCCGAUACUCUCGUAACCAAAGGUCUUUCAAUAACUGCAGUUCGAAAGAUCAUGCAAUCAAUUGGAUUCCUGGGCCCAGCGUUUUUUCUCACACAACUGAGCCAUGUCCGAACCCCAGCCUUAGCAGUGCUAUGCAUGGCAUGCAGUCAGGGGUCAGAUGCUUUUUCACAGUCUGGUCUCUAUUCUAAUCACCAAGACAUUGGACCACGUUACGCAGGAGUAUUGCUGGGACUAUCAAACACUGCUGGAGUGCUUGCUGGAGUCUUCGGCACAGCCGCCACUGGAUACAUUCUCCAACGAGGUACAUGGGAUGAUGUCUUUAAAGUGGCUGUCGCCUUGUAUAUCUUUGGCACAUUGGUCUGGAACUUCUUCUCAACUGGAGAGAAAAUUCUUGAGUAGUAGAAUAUAAAAUAAU